AUCAGAUGGUUGCAGACAUUAAUCAAUUGAGUCGUUAUAGAAGUAUACCUGACCGCAUUAUCUCUGUAACGACUCAAUUGAUUAAACACUAUAAGACUUAAGUUAUAGUGUUUAAUGUUAUUUAUUGUAGAGUAGCCUAAAUGAUUAGAUAAUUGCGCGGUCUGGUUGGAAUGGUCACUGUCUGCAGAGCGUGCGCGUUUUCUUUUAAAAGUGGUUUCUUGGUAACAGACCGAUGCUACUAGCUGCACCAUUAUUCAGUACAAGGCCAGCUCUGGACCCUGUCAGUUACCUCGGUGUCUCAGUCACUACCUAACUCUCAGAUAUGUCUUUCAUCGGGAAGCUGAGUGGAGGAGAGAAGCUGACGAAGCCCUGCCGGCCGGAGGAGACGGAGCCUCUGCCGGACCGAGAGGAGCUGCUGGGGAAGAAAAGGGAGUUUCUGAAGAAGAAGAUUGACCAGGAGUUUCUGUUUGCCAAGACCAACAGUAGGAAGAACAGAAGAGGAGCUCUGCAGGCGCUGAAGAGAAAGAGGUGGUACGAGAAACAUCUGAAGAACAUCGACUGUGCUGUGAAGGCCAUGAGGUCUGCUCAUGAACACAUGGAGAUUGUCAACAAGCUGAAUGACGUGAUGAAGGAAAUCACAGAGGAGCACGAUCUGACCCAGGACAUGACCGAAACCCUCCUCAGUUCUGCCGGCUUUGAAGUGGAAUUUGAUGAGGAAGAGCUGCUGGCAGAGCUGCAGAGGCUAGAGAACAGUUUGGAUGAGACUGUCUUUAAUAAGGACGCAGCGGAGAGGAGGCUGCCAUCCUCUGCCUCACAUUCUCAACCUGCCAUGACAGAGGAAGAAGACAUUGAAGGAGACUUAGAGCGUCUGAGGUGCUGGGCGAGUGCUCCCUCAUAGGCACACCCGCCAAAAACACAGGCAGUGAGAGGAAAGGAUGGAAUAAAUAAGCAGAAAUGAAAGGAUUGUUAUGAGAGUUUUGUGAGAGCAUUAAAUGUAAGACGUAGGCUAUUACAACAAAUCUAAAUCAUUUAUAUUGUAUUACAUUAUAUUAUAUUGUAGUUCUGUGAUAGAGUUUUAUAAUACACUACUAUACAUAGUGGACUCGUCCUGUUCAUUUGUGGGCCAUGGGACAUUUGUGACUUCCCUCCAAGUUAUCAUUUGGUCCAAUCCGUAUGGAAAUAUCCAUAGAUAUAAUGUGCUGGUUACUAUCCACACCAGAAGGGGCGGUACAUGCCCACGCACAGGCCCUUUUCACAAUGACGUAUGGGAACUAUUGAAUUUUUUGCAAAUGCCAUAUGCAAUAGUUGAAUGACUUAGGGAUUACAAGUAUCUGUAGCAAAAACACAUGUAAUCGGUUUCUCUUAAAGGCUUAAAGUCACGCAAAGCUCCCUAAAGCUGUAGGAGCAACCUCAUGAGCAAAAAAGCUAUUAAGAGUUCUUGGGGUUUGGACUGAAGAGAAAACUCCAUCAAAAGAGAGCAGACAACGAUAAACACAUACUUUAACAAUUGCAUCAUAACAGUAGAUGCAGUAAAGGACAUUGCUGAUUUUCUCAGAUCAUGAGAACGGAGCUGCCGUUAACCUGUGGCUGAUGCUGUUAACUGACUCCAGGGCCAUCUGCUCAGCACCUGGAUGUAGGCCAGGGGUGUCCAAAAAUGUUUCACUGAGGGCCACAUACAGACAAAUGUACGAUGGGCUGGGCCCCUCACUAGAGGUGAAGUACAUUGGUUCAUACGUUAGGUUAUAAGGUAGCAAACUCAGAUUGUUAUAAUAAGGGGAAAUAGGACGGGUAUAUUUCAAGCAAAUAUAGUUAUUGUUUAAUUUUUUUAACAACUAAGACUAACAACUUGUUAGAAAAUGUUUUCAACUUUAAUUGACAGAAUUUAUUUGAAAAGUGGACUUAUGAAUACUGGACAUGAAUACUACUGUGUAAUAUCUGUUUACUAUACAUAUAUAUUUAAGAAGUACAAUAUAAGGCAAGUACAAGUUUCAUGUUUGGGCCUUAGUUGGCCCCCGGGCUGUAGUUUGGACACCCCUGAUGUAGGCAGUUAGAAGCUGGAAUCUCUCCACCACCUUAAAUAACCUUAAGGAACUUAUGAAGGUAAUACUGUGUAGGCGUAGGUUGUGACCCAUUAAACAGAGAGCUGGUGCCAACACAGCCUGGUUUUAUCAGCAGGAUAUCACACCUGUACCACUGUUUACACACCUUUAGCAGGACUUGAUUAAGGGCAUAACAUUGUCAUUGCAGCUGUUCCCUCAUGAUGUGUAGACAGAAGCUGUGGUACUAUAAACACAAAAGCACAAUGAGCACUAGCUCUAGUCCUUACCAUGUACCAUGGUAUCAUGUCAUUCACAUUCAAACACUGUUUGUUAGAUAGAUGUUAUACUUAAAUCAGUCACUGUAUGGGAAUCUUAGAGACAUUAAAGCAAGCCUUGAUAAAUCAUAUUUUUGCAUAGUCUUUGGGAAAUAUUAGAUUUGGCUGCCUCCAUGUAGAAUGUUUAUCCAUAAAUCUCCAAAUGUUGCAUGCAGCAUCAACACUCAAGACUUAUAUGCAUUUGUUUCAGUUUUUAUAUGUAGCAUGUAUUCAACAAAUAAAUUG